CAUUUUUCCUCUCAAAAUAACACACCAUAAAAAAAAGUCCAUAUUUUUGAAGUUUUCCUUCAAAAUAAGGUAUAAUUGGAGAUAGUCUUUCAUCACAAUGAUGAAAGGCACACUUGACUACAUAAAUCAUAACGAGUAGUAUGAUUAGAAAUGUAACAUUGCUUGAAGAACACAUCUUCACAGCUUUUGACAGAUCACAAUAACCCUUUUCAGUUUCAUUCUUCAGUUCUAAUUCUCACCCACCCCACCUCUCCCUUCAAAGUAAUCUCUCUCUACCUCUCUAUCACUCUCAGUUUAAACCAAUUUUUUGUAAGUUUAACCUAAUAACAUUUCCAGUCUCUUAAUUGAAAUAAUCUGUUUUAGUUAACAAGUAAUAAUCUUCACACUAACAAGAGAAUCCUACUCUUCACCUACCUACCUACAUCUCUCUAUUUAACAACCCCCAAAACCUCUCAACAUACACAACAACAACAAUAACAACAAUGGCUACUUCAAGAAUAUUCAUGUCCUCUAAUCUAUUCAUUUUCUUCCUUGUCAUGGCUACAACCAAUGGUCAGGCUCCAGCACCAACCCCUUCAGGUCCAACCAACAUAACCGCAGUCCUAGAAAAGGCUGGUCAAUACACAAUGUUCAUAAGACUCCUCAAGAGCACACAAGCCGCAGACCAAAUCAACACUCAGCUCAAUUCUUCCUCGAGCCAAGGCUUAACCGUGUUUGCCCCAACCGAUAACGCAUUUAGCAGCCUCAAAUCCGGAACCUUAAACUCAUUAUCCGACCAGCAAAAGGUUCAGCUUGUUCAGUUCCAUGUCCUUCCUACACUCUUGACGAUGCCUCAGUUCCAAACCGUUAGUAACCCCUUACGCACGCAAGCUGGUGAUGGACAAAACGGUAAAUUCCCUCUUAACAUUACUAGCUCCGGUAACCAAGUCAACAUCACCACGGGAGUUGUCAGCGCAACGGUGGCUAACUCUGUCUACAGCGAUAAGCAGCUUGCAGUUUAUCAAGUGGAUCAAGUUUUGCUUCCAUUAGCAAUGUUUGGUUCAAGCUCGGCUCCUGCUCCUGCGCCUGAGAAAGGUGGCUUGGUUUCGAAAGGCUCAGCUCCAAGUGGGGACGAUGGAGGAGAUUCUACUGAUUCAUCUGACACAGAGAGGAUCAGAUACGGUUUAAUCUCCACCACCAUGGCAGCCAUUGCUGCUUAUUUUCUGUGGAUAUAACAUCAAGUCAGUCCAUAUUGAUUAUUGGAUUUUAAAGAGCUUUAAAUUUUGUUGUAAUUGAGACUUGUGUUGUCGUGUUAUUGUUUUGAUUCAAAAUGAGACAAAUUACGAUUGAGGUUGCGCAAAA